AUGCUUCGAUUCACUAAUAUCGAUCAUAAACCAACAAGGCAUCCACCUGUCUAUGAAUAUCACACUCAUCCACUACUUCCACUUCAACAAGCUCUCGAUCCUAUUCUCUCUAAAAUAGACCACUUAGAUCAAUUUAUUCAAAUUGCAAGGAAUGAAUGUCAUUUUCCUUCAGAACAUGGUCUUACUCGUGAAGAAUCAGCAUCGAUUUAUUUAUAUACUAUGGAUUGGGAUGAACAAAGUCUCUAUCAAGUACUCAACGAGGCAUUGCAUGAUAAAGAUCGAUCAGUAUUAAUACCAUGGUAUGGUUAUCUCAAAUUACUUGAUACUGCAUUAACAAAACUACCUAGUCUUCAAAUCAAUUUAUGGCGUGGUGUCAAUACUGACAUCAGUAAAAAUUACAAAGAAAAUGAUGAGCUAACUUGGUGGUAUUUUAACUCAUGUUCAUCUUCAGCUAAAGUCGUCAAACACUUUCUUGGAUCUGUAUCAACAUUGUUCAUGAUUGAAGCAAAGAAUGGAAAAGCUAUAUCAACAUAUAGUAACUUUCCAGAAGAAAAAGAAGUUAUUCUUCCAUUGGGUAGUCGACUUCGUGUUGUACGUGACACACUCGAUCAUACAUCAUUAAAUGUGAUACACUUGCAGGAAAUGGUGGAUGAAAGUGACCAAGAAUUAACAUCAUCCUUCGCAAAUAUGAGCGUCACUCAGCCAGCGGAGGCUUCAGUGGACGUCAAACCAACAUUGCCAAGUAAUGAGUCUUCGACAUUUAAAGUCUGGACUGACGAAAAUGGAGAUAAAUACGAUACGACAGUUCGAAUAUCAUAUGUUGGCAAGUCUUGUUAUUCGAUGUUGAUGAAAGCUUGUUAA